UUCGGAGACUUGCCCGUGGCACUCGUCUACGAGGUCGUUCCCUCAGAUACGCUGCUGGUUUACGGAGUGCCGUAACACGACACGUUUGGAGGGACCACCGCUGUUACGCGUGUGCUGUGCUCUGUGAACUAUUUAUUGGUAAUUUUAGUGCUGUGACAAUGCAAACGUGUUAAUCAAUUUGAACGUGGCCAAUUCGCUUUGAGGAUUUUGAACGCAACAACCAGUUCCGGAUCUGUUCAGCCGGUAUCCGUUAUGAAAGUAGUUAGUUUACAAUUACCAUCUGGACCAACUAUGGAGCGGUUGCCGCUGCCAUUCAGUCCAACGGAGCUGUUCUGGCGGUAUCCACUCCCAUGGGCACCACCUCCUCUCUCUCCCCUCGGAGAUACAAAGGCACAGUUGCCGGCUGGGUUACCACCAGAACCUAGACUAUGGACUAGAGAAGAUGUUGCAGUCUUUUUGAAAUGGUGCGAAAGAGAAUUCGACUUACCAAACUUCGACAUGGAUCUGUUUCAGAUGAAUGGUAAAGCGCUUUGCCUCUUGACCAAAAAUGAUUUGGGUGAACGUUGCCCGGGCGCUGGUGACGUUUUACACAAUGUGUUACAAAUGCUAGUGCGAGAUGCUGCUUUGCUAGGGCGAGUGCCAUCAUCUCCCGUCACCCCUACAGCCCGCUCAGCACCAUACCCACCAUCGCCACAUUCUCAUCCGCCCACCCCAACUUGGGCAGUGGCAGAUGGUUUCCAUCACUUCCACGGCGCUGCAGCCGCAGCUGCUCAACCCAAUUCCGUUACACUGAGCCCGGCACCUUCAGUAGAUAGUUCAGGAAGUCCACAACGUGGUGAUGCCAUGAACUACGGCCCAUAUGCGGCACCUGUUACGGUAUCGGCCCAGGCUACCAGUUCCGGCAGUAACCAUUCAGAUUCCGAUGAAGAUGGGAAAUUUGCACCACCACCUCAUUCCCCAAAGGAAAACGCAUUACCAAGCCCAGCACCACAAUCUCAUGUGACAUCACAACAUUUUCGGACACAACAUCGGGAAUUUUUUCCAAAUGAUAUGCCGGAAUCUAAUACAAAUGGAAGACUUUUGUGGGACUUCUUGCAACAACUCCUUAAUGAUCCAACACAACGGUACACAAACUACAUCGCCUGGAAGAAUCGAGACACUGGUGUGUUUAAGAUAGUGGAUCCUGCUGGACUAGCAAAACUUUGGGGAAUUCAGAAAAAUCAUCUCUCAAUGAACUACGAUAAAAUGUCGCGUGCUUUGAGAUACUACUACCGUGUCAACAUUCUUAGAAAAGUACAAGGGGAGCGCCACUGUUACCAAUUUCUGAGGAACCCGACUGAACUGAAGAAUAUUAAAAAUAUCUCGCUGUUGAGGCAACAAAUGAGCCCUACUAGAGUAACACAGCAACAGCAGCAACAACAACAACAACAGCAGCAACAGAAUUUAGUAAAAGAAAUGAAGGAGGAACGAUGUGAUGAAGACAAUGUCGAGGAUGACAUGCCCACAGAUCUGAGUAUGAGCGCGCCAGAACCAUGGAGGAAACGUGUGCGGACCGAGCCUGCGCCUACGCCACCGCACGAUAAGCAUUACAUCAGCACUCUCAUUGGAGAGAGCAUGAUGAUGAAACAGGAAUCCGAAUAUAAUUCAGAUUACUACGCUCUCAACUUAAAAAGUGAAAAAUGUGAACAAUGACUUGUGACAAGAGACACUGAAUAUGUGUGUGAUGUGAUAAAGAACAUUACAAUAAGUAAUGGUCUAUUUCUCCAGCCGAUAUAUUUCUAGUCAAAUGUCUCUCAGAACAGUUGAUACUUGUCUUCCUAAAUGUUAACAAUAAUCAUAUUUUUUAUCAAUUUAAUGUCAACUGAGAGGUUUUUGACAGAUUUGAACGGACUAUGGAGCCAAACAGGGUAUGGACCUUAAAUGCCUUUGUGCCAAGUGAUGUGUAAUGAAUAGUGUCAAUUAAAUGUUAUAGUUAGAUAAAGGGACAGUCUACAGAGAUUAUUUGUGUUAAAUUAUAGACUAUUUGAAUAUAUUGUGCAAUGGCUGAUUAACCACAGACUGAUUUCUGGCAGUUUCAAAUCACUAUUGCCAAGAGAGUAAAAAUAUAGAAAAGCGUAUUAAUGGUGACAUACGCUGUCAAUGCAUUUUGUUAAUUUAAUCUAUAGGAUUGUAUAUUAUUAUAAAUAGAACAUUUUCCUGUAUAAAACUUUAUAAGAGAGAUAUUAUGUAAAGUAAGGUGAUGAAAAUUAUUAUACACAAUAUUUGUGUCUUCCAUUGGUUCUUUUAGGCAAAUACCCUCAAUUGUAGCAAGCAUUAUUAAUCCAUGCUACCACAAGUUCUAUAUUCUAAAUAAUUUCCAAAAGUACAGACAAUAAAGUUAUGACUCACAAGAAGCCUUAAAACCAAUCUAAAAUUCCUCUGUGAUAAAGUGUUAUGUGGUAGACUUAUAGUAUUGCUAGGCCUUUACUCAAUAAUUUCCAGCUACAAUUUUCUGUGAUCUCUUAUCAAUAUAGGUAAAUAUUGUCAUAGAGACUAAAAUUAUGAGUUUGUAAAUAUUAUGUUACUAUAGAAUAAGAGAAUUGACUAAAGAAAUAUGUAUGAUUUGUCAAACAAAAUGUGGAGCUUUAUUAAAGUACCUAGGUAAGUAUCUACUUUAAAUUGAGUUUGUAUUUUUACAAUUAUUUCUAUUCGGCAUAGGAAUGCUGAUCUUCCAACUUGUAAAGAAAAUAAAUAUAAUGUUUCAACAAA